AUGACUAUAGGACUGGAGUCGUGGUUCCAUAAUUUUUCACAGUUCGUAUACAGAGCGAAUACUCCCGAAGCACUGGCUGACAUUCCUCGACCAUAUUUGGAGUACUCUAUAUGGGGACUAUUCAAAGGAGCAGAAAUUUCAAGCGUUAUUGGCGGAUGUAUAGCUCAUCCACUCUAUAGAUGGUAUCUCCAUCGGCAGCUUCAACCUGAAAAAAUUACACCGAACUCUUAUAAGAUCAUAAGAUCCGCUUGUCGAAGAUUGCAGGGGCGAUUUCUUCUUUGCGGACUGGGUGCUGGACCACUUGUAGCUAUGUUUUACUCCUUUAAAUCAGCUACCAUCCGUUCCUUAUGUUAUGAUAUUCGCUGCAACACGUUUGCUCUUUCGAUGGAUAGAUUCGCACUGAUGUUUGGAUUUGUUGGAUGGUACUGGAAAAGAUUUCAAGGAGCUGUGGAUGGUAUCAAUAUCGCUAUUCUUUAUGCAGUUAUUAAUGCGAAGGUAAUCGCUCCACGAACAUCACCGUUGUUGAAGGAUAAAGUGCAGCCACAUGAACGAUAUGAGAGUGUCGAAGCGGCGAUUACCAGUCAAACCCGCCUUAAAAAGUUUCUUGCUGAGGAAGAAAAAAGGAAGCUUCUUGAAAGUACGAAAUAA